UGUUUUUCGACAACCACAAUGCUGCGUAAAUUAUUUGUAUUCUUCGUGUUUGGAGUUAUAGGGACUUUCUGCAUGGUUCCACAGAAUCAUCAAAAAGUAACGAGACAUUCUGAAAAUUUUAUUGUUGGUGGUCAAAAUGCUGUUCCUGGACAAUUUCCUCAUGCGGUUUCUUUGAGAAAUACAAGCAAUGCCCAUUUUUGUGGUGGAUCUAUUAUAACAGAUCGAUGGAUUUUAUCAGCUGCUCAUUGCACAAUGACGCGGACACCAGAAAACACAUGGAUAAUUGUUGGAGCCCUACAACUUAGUACUGGUGGCACUAAUGUUUAUACAAAUCGUAUUAUCAACCAUCCGGAUUUCUAUCCCCUGGACGAAGCGGGAGAUAUAUCACUCCUCGAGACCAGGGAUACCCUUAUCUUCUCAUCCACGGUUUAUCCUAUUAACUUAAAUCCACAAUACAUCGGACCUGGAGUUGUUACAACUGUUUCUGGAUGGGGAAGAACCGGCACAAAUGAUCCCUUUCCUGACACUCUUCAAUGGCUGAAUAAAAACACAAUUACUAACGAAGAGUGUUACGAGAGAUUACCUGUGAAUGAUGCUCAUAUUCUUCAAGAUAAUAUGAUAUGUGGAUUAACACCACCAGGACAAGGCGUGUGCAGUGGGGAUUCAGGGGGGGCUUUAUUUAUUGGAAAUACGGCUAUAGGUAUAGCUUCCUGGGCAAUAUUUCCCUGUGGACAAGAAUAUCCUGAUGUCUACACAAGAAUUUCUACCUACUACAACUGGCUUCUUGUCCAAAUGGAAUCAUAAGUAGAAUAAAUAUAUUUAAAUCAAAAA